AUGUGGAUUAUUCGUUUUCUUAUAUUAUUGCAAACUGCAGUCGCAAUAACUAUUAAUUAUUCUGAGAUCAUUACUAAUCCCCCCGAUAUAACCGUUUUUUUCGGUAUACCAUAUUAUAUUACCGAGCAAGGAAGUUUGAUGUUAGAGCAACUAGAACAUGUUCAAUUCAAUGAAGAUCUUGUGAAUUAUGGGCAAGUUUUAAUAACCAAAACUGGAUUCGAUAGAGAAUUUGUUGUAAAGGUGGAUAAUCUUAAUGGGAUCUUUUUGAAUGGUGGAUUAUUUAAUGUUCAAGCAUCCAGUGAUGUAGCAACCAGUUUUGAAAUCGAUGUUGAAUCAUUUACUAAUAUUGGAAUAAUCUCGGUCUCUAGCAAGGCUACUAGUGGCGAUCCAUAUAGUCGUAUUAUGGCACAUAAAGUGUGGGAUAAUCAAGGAACAAUUAAAAUUAACAACCAAGCUGAAAACCAGGGGAUACUCGAUAUGGGGCCCUGUAAUAUUACUAACAAUGGUAUGAUUGAAUUAUAUAAUCAAAAUUAUAAACAAGGAUUAGGAGAGAUCCUGGGAGAAGGGUGUAUAUUUCUUGAAGAAAAUACCAAUGUAGAGCUCAAUUCAGAGUUCUCUUCAGCUGGUCAAACUUUUGUAAUGGGAGAAAAUAGCACACUUUUCGUCACGGAAAAUGGCCCUACCAACGAAUACAAAGUUAUGAAUUUUAGCAUGGGAAAUCGAAUUGGAUUAGAUGGUUUUUUGCAUCAGAUGACGUAUGGUUAUGAUGGUAUUUUAAUUUUAAAAAGUCUCCACAGUAUUCAACGGUUUAUCAUUGGGAAAGGAUAUUCAGAACUCGAUUUAACUGACACAUAUGUUACAUAUGAUAGGGAUGCACCUGCUUAUAUGGUGGGAGAUUGUAAAGAUUUUCCAUUUGAUGAUUUUGAAUCAGAAUCAACUAGUAAUAUUGAGACGGCUAAAACCAGUGAAUUAGAUGAAUCUACCACAAUAGAAGAAAUGGAUACCACUACGGAUUUUGAAGAUGAGACUAGUGAAUUAUAUGAAUCUACCACAGCAGAGGAAAAGGAUACCACAACGGAUGUUGAAGAUGAGACUAGAGAAUUAGAUGAAUCUACUAGUGAAGAGGAUUUCGAAACUACUACUAGUUAUUUUGAGAAUGCAAUCGAAACCAAUGAACCGGAUCUAGUUACUAGUAAGCAAGAAGUCUGCUCUAGUCGAUUUGAGCACGAAAUUCCGCAAACUUGUCAAUAUUCUAGUGUAUCUAAACAAUCUAGUACUCAAGACCAUAGCGGUGACUUAAUAAACGCAAGUCUGAAGAUAAUAUUGAAACAUUUCAAACUAUGUCAGGUUAUAUGUAUGAUGUUAGUUCUAGUAUUAUCUCACUGACUUUAAGCAAAGACACAAUGACCAGAACGGUCGUGUCAGCUUUGGAUACCCAAAUGGAAGCUUUAUUACAUUCCAAAUUUCACCCACUUUCUUGGCAAUUGCCGUACUUGUUUUAGGAAUGUGAUGUUUGUUUUCAUCUCUCAUUGAGUUGUUAAAUUAUCUACUAUGCUGCUUGUAUUUUAAUAAAAUUGUAAUUUUUUUUUAUUUAAAUAAUAUAUCGUUAAUUGUAAGAAUGUGUGAAUC